AUGGGUUCCCUCGAGCCAGCCGGUCCGCCUUUGGACAUCCAAGUCAACCUCGCCACCAAUCUGUCUCCAGUCCCCCGGCCCGGAACCACAGACUUCUACGCUCUAGGCCAUACCGACCAUAUCAUCAGUGCCAGAUGGACUAGUGCCAAAGGAUGGGAGACGCCAAACCUGGAGCCGUAUGGCAAUCUAUCCAUAGCCCCAACCGCGUCCUGCUUGCAUUACGCAACUGAGUGUUUUGAAGGCAUGAAGUGCUACCGUGGUUAUGACGGCAAGCUCCGCCUCUUUCGUCCUGACUGUAACGGCGAGCGGCUCGCGAUGAGUGCUGCUCGCGGCUCACUCCCCUUAUUCCCCCCAGGCGACCUCAAGCAUCUGGUGGCAAAGCUCCUCGAAAUCGACGGACACCGCUGGCUCCCAAAGGACCUGCCAGGUAACUAUCUCUACAUCAGGCCUGCCAUGAUCGGUUUGGGGAUGAAAUUGGGUUACAGGCUGCCGGAUGAGGCUCUGCUCUUCAUCGUCGCCACUCCUUACAAGGACUUGUCGCAAAGCCCCGAGGGCAAGCAGCUUAGCCUCAAGCUCCAAUGCUCCCCACCUGACGCCGUGCGUGCAUGGCCAGGCGGAUUUGGAUACGCCAAGCUGGGCGCCAACUAUGGCCCAUCCCUGGAAGCACACCGGAAUGCAGUCGCUGCAGGAUUCGACCAGAUCCUAUGGCUCUAUGGUGAGGAGCGAUGGAUCACCGAGGCAGGGGCAAGCAAUUUGUUUCUCAUCUGGAAGAAUCGAGAUACCGGCAAAAUUGAGCUAGUGACCCCUAGCUUGCAAAAUAAGAUGAUCCUGAGUGGCAUUACUCGACGGAGUAUUCUCGAGAUCGUGCGAUCGAGGUUUACCAAACCCAUUGGCGAUCUCGAAGCCAUGGACGUGGUAGAGCGGGAUAUCAACAUGUCUGAUGUGCAAGCUGCGCACAAUGAAGGCAGGCUUCUGGAAGCAUUUGUAGCGGGAACAGCGUACUUUUUGACAAGUGUGUCCUUGAUCGCAGCUGAGGACCAGGUCAUCAAGAUUCCCGUUCGGCAAGACAAAGGCGGUUAUUACCACUGCCUCAAAACUUGGAUGGAGGACAUUACCUAUGGACGAGAAGACAACGAAUGGGCUUACGAGAUUGAAGGUUAA